UUGGAGCCCUUCCUUUGACCUGCUUCGCCAGGGGCUCGUUUUCUGACGGGGAGAGAUGACUCCAGCCUGGAGACACCUGCUGAGAGCUUGGUACCUGCAGACCUCCUCUUCCAGGAUCCCCAAGAUGUGUCCUUCCUUGAGCCGUGCUUUCCGGACAUCUGUGACCAAGCUUGGUCUUCAUACAAAACACAGAAUGCCUCCCUGUGACUUCACACCUGAAAAAUACCAGUCCCUCGCCUAUGAACGUGUCCUGGAGAUCCACAGUCAACACCUCGCUCCCAUGUCGGCAGCGUAUUUCCCGAAGCCUUUGUUGCUUCACCAGGGUCACAUGGAAUGGCUGUUUGAUUAUGAGGGAAACAGAUACCUGGACUUCUUUUCUGGGAUUGUCACUGUCAGUGUCGGUCACUGCCACCCGAAGGUGAACGCAGUGGCACAAAAGCAGCUGAGCCGCCUGUGGCACACAAGUUCCCUCUUCUUCCACUCACCAAUCCACGAGUUUGCAGAGAAGCUUUCGGCACUUCUUCCUGAGCCUCUAAAGGUCAUUUUCUUGGUGAAUAGUGGUUCAGAGGCCAAUGAUCUAGCCAUGCUGAUGGCCAGAGCACACUCAAACAGCACAGACAUUAUUUCCUUCAGAGGAGGCUACCAUGGGUGCAGUCCUUACACACUUGGCCUGACCAACGUAGGGCCCUACAAGAUGGAGCUCCCCAGUGGGACAGGCUGCCAAUCAACAAUGUGCCCAGAUGUUUUCCGUGGCCCUUGGGGAGGAAGCCACUGUCGAGAUUCUCCGGUGCAAACAAUUAGGAAAUGCAGCUGUGCACCAGACUGCUGCCAAGCGAAAGACCAGUAUAUUGAACAGUUCAAAGAUACUCUGAACACUUCUGUGGCCAAAUCAAUUGCUGGAUUUUUUGCAGAGCCAAUUCAAGGGGUAAAUGGAGUCGUCCAGUAUCCAAAGGGGUUUCUACAGGAAGCCUUCGAGUUGGUGCGGGAGCGGGGAGGCGUGUGCAUCACAGAUGAGGUGCAGACAGGAUUUGGAAGACUGGGCUCUCACUUCUGGGGCUUCCAAACCCAUGGCAUCCUGCCAGACAUUGUCACCAUGGCUAAAGGGAUUGGGAACGGCUUUCCCAUGGCAGCAGUUGUGACAACCCCAGAGAUUGCCAAGUCUCUGGCUACACGCCUUUUUCACUUCAACACCUUUGGAGGGAACCCCAUGGCCUGUGCCAUUGGGUCAGCGGUGCUCGAGGUGAUUAAAGAAGAAAAGCUACAGGAAAACAGUCAUGACGUUGGCACCUACAUGCUACGGAAGUUUGCUGAGCUGCGGGAUGAGUUUGAGAUUGUCGGAGAUGUCCGAGGCAAAGGCCUCAUGAUAGGAAUAGAAAUGGUGAAGGACAAGCAUCCUAGUUGAAGAGGGCUGAUGCUCAAUUAUUUUAGGACUCAGACCAGACUAUGGAUAUAAGACUCUUCCAUUAAUGCCACACAAUGGAGCCAGUACAAAACUGGAAUGUUUAAACAGUAUUUUAAAGCUAAGGGAAGAAAACAACAAAAUAUGAGUAACAUGAGACUAGGCCUUCUGGCUCCUAAGCCACAAGUGCUUAUCUUCAGCUUGUGGUCCAAUCAAGAGCUCUUUAAAGGCUCAGAAGAGUCAAUCCUAAUCCCCAACACAGGAGCUCCCCCAAGGAAUCCAUGCUUUAAAGUCCAGACACCACAGAGGAAAACACAACGAGAGACAAAGUGUUCCUGUCUUUCCCGCUAUUCCAAACCCAGUUUCUGCGUACUCCGAGACACACAGACUCAGAGACACAUGAACAAAAUGUUCACCAGGACUUCAUCAUUCAUGAUUAAACCUCAGCAGCCUCCACAUGGCCACUGAUAAAGGACAAGCCAAACUAUGGUACAUCCAUCCCACAAUGGCAGAGUUACAUGUUCGAUGGGAAAGGUAUGCAAACUGUGUGAUGGAAAAAAUAACACAAGCUAUCAAAUAGUAUCUAUUGAAUGAACUCCGCCAUUUGGUAGUAUGAAGCAUAGGCUCCAAAGGAUGACCACCCAGCUUUACAUCCCAGCUUGUCCAUUCCUUAGUCCCAUUCAACGUCCAUUCCGUGCCAUUCACCCCGUACAUCCAAUGCCACUCAAACUUUUCCCCAGCCAUGGACCACAGUACUCUCCGGUCUGUAUCUACCUGUGGAGUCCUAGCCUUCUUCCAGGUCUAACUCUUCAUCAAACCUUCUCCAGAGCUUGUUUGUGUCUCCCCUAGACAGGGACUCGAGGCCUCAGAGAAUCCCCCUAGCACCCAUUCCCUAAAAAGCGCCUCUGAAAAGAUCUUUGAAAACGAUGUAUUUGUUGAUUCAGGUUUCAUAUAGGAUAUUUUACUUUCCUAAAUAAGUUAUACACUUUUGAGGCCAGGAAACAUGCAGAUGGUAAGUACUUUAAAAGUGUGUGUUGACUGAGCUCAAGUCCCUGCAACAAUUCAGACCAUGUUCGCAUAAUUACGACAGCUCAGAACUUGCCUAUAACAUUGUCCGCCAUAACCCAGAAUUGAAACUCCCAUUUGCUGUUGGUGAGGGCAUGGAUCGGUACAGCCCUUUACGCCGCAAUUUGCCGGCAUCUAUCAACAUUUUAAAUGUAUGCAUUUGACCUAGCGAUUCCACUUCUAAAAAUAUGCCCGAAAUAAAUACUGAUAGAAGUUUGAAAGAUGUAGAUGAGCAGGGAUGUUUGUGGCAUUUUUUAUAAUCAUAAAAAAUUGGAAACAACAAAAAUAUCCAACAACAGAUGAUUAAA